CGGGAAAACAUCACGCUUAUCAUUUCAGUUCCGUCCCUCUUUCCACUGGAUGUUCUUCUCUUCCUUUGUACGUAUUAUCUCAAGUUUAGUAAUAGAAAGUGUGCGAUAAUAUAUUUUAAUAAAACGUUCUUCGAGAUGCGAAGUGACAGUUCAGAAAGCUCUGUGAUGAUCGGGAGUUUCCUCCAGCCUUCAGGCACUGAGAUUCAGAGAUGGAUGUCCAGUGCGUUUAACAUGGCGAAAGAGGCUCUUGAAAGCGGCGAGGUGCCUGUUGGAUGUCUUCUGGUGUACAACAAUAUGGUUUUAGGCAAAGGAAGGAAUGAGGUGAAUGAAACAAAAAAUGCCACACGUCAUGCGGAAAUGGUAGCACUGGACCAGGUGUUAGAAUGGUGUUCUCACAGAGAGCUGGACCCAAAGGAGGUGUGUGAGCGCACUGUUCUCUACGUGACCGUCGAACCGUGCAUCACCUGUGCAGCUGCACUGCGUCUGCUGAAUGUCCCGCUGGUUGUGUACGGGUGUAAAAAUGAAAGAUUUGGGGGCUGCGGUUCAGUGCUGGACAUCUCAUCAAGUGAUCUUCCCCACACUGGAACACCCUUCAAGUGUAUACCAGGACACAGAGCACAGGAGGCAGUUGACAUGCUGAAGACAUUUUACAAGCAAGAGAAUCCUAAUGUGGUGAAGCCUAAAGUAAGGAAAGAAGGUGUCAGUCCAGCAGGGGGCACUAUCACCACUCUCACAGAAGCAGCUCCACGUGAGGGUGAUGGAAAAACGUCGACUUCCGACUGAGAUGGAAAAAUAAAACCCACAUUUCCUUUAAGUCAGGUUGACAGACUGCAACAACAUGUGGUUUUGAAUGACUGUCUUUUUUUACAGCCAGACCUAUUCCACUUCUAGAGUACUCUUCCUUUUCUGUCUGUCCUUAAAUAACCUCAGAGUCAUAUCCUAUAAGUUGAAAACGUGCCUGAGCAUGCUUUCUUAUCAGCUGUUGUGCAAUCUCAAUCUGAGUUUGCAAUAAAAGGGUUUUUAUUA